AGUUGUCCCAGAUUUUUGUAUAUGAACUACAGUAAGAACCAUGGCUUCUGUUCUAACAUUCACAACCAUUUCUGUCCUAGUUCAGGGGUGCUCUGCAUUCAUAUUGGAUGAUGUGUAUCUCCCCCAGUAUAAAAAGUAUGGAAGAAGUCUCUUGCUGGUUGGCGGGAAUCUGGCCGAAAAUAACAGCCAAAUAUACAAUACCAUCAUCGAGAUGUCUGGAGGAAGGGGCGUGGCCAAAAUCGGAAUUAUUAACGCCGCCAGCUUAGAUCCAUUGGGAGGAUACCAGUACUAUAAGGACUUACUUCUCAGAUAUGGCGCCCUGGAGGCCAAUAGAAUCCCAAUUGACAUCAAUCACACCUCUGCAAGCUCAGAUCCUAAUGUCGUCUCGCUCAUACGACAGCAGACAGGGUUCUUUUUUGGUGGAGGGGAUCAACAACGAAUAAUCAACACAUUGUACAACCCAACCCAAUCCGGGCGUUUGGAGUCUCCAGCCCUGGCUGCUCUCAGAGAACGCUUCAAUAUCGGGGCUGUGAUAGCAGGUACUAGCGCCGGUACAGAGUGUCAGCCAAGCACAAUCAUGGUUAACAGUGGGGAGAGUUAUGAGGCCUUGAGGUACGGGGUACACACAACCUAUUCAGACACACACCCUCACAAUCUGGUCUAUAAUUCUAGCGGCGGAUUAGGAUUCCUCGAUGGAUUCCUCAUUGAUGCUCAUUUCAGUGAACGUGGAAGAGAGGGACGACUGACUGUGCUUCUAGACGAGACUCGUCGAAAUUACCACAUCUCGCGAGGAUUUGGUGUAGACGAGAAUACAGCGUUAAUUGUCACACAUGCCGAGUCUGAUGCUAUCACAGGAAAGGUCAUUGGACAGCAUGGUGUGGUAUUUAUAGACGUAUCUAACGCCCAUCACGAUCCCACUAGCACCUACUACUCCAUCAGCAAUGUCCUGUUUCACUACCUCACGGACGGAGAUGAGAUAGGACUCAGGGAUCUCAACAUUACUUUUUCUCCAAGAAAAACGCCAAUGAGAGGACACGAGAAUUACUAUCAUGCACUUACAUCUACCGAUAUAUUUUACGGAAAACAUCUAGGCAGUGUACUGAAGCCCGCAUUUACUAGAGCAGCCACGAGUGUGUUCGAUUCUCGUCUUGACACCAGGACAUACGGCGAUACUUACGAAUCAAAUCCGACAUUUCGCGUUACAAUGACUCGGACAUCUUACUCUGUAGGAUAUGUAGAAAGGAAAGCUACUUUCCACACCGAUAUAACAUCUUACGAAAAUUUGGUGAUUGACAUUGCUGAACGAAAAUGAUAAAAAGACUGAAAAUGUUGAAAGAAAUAGCCAUUUGGAGAUGCUGUAAUUUUUUCACGUUCAUGUCAUUUAGAAGCAUUUUUCUAGAUAGAUAGGGAAUAUCAUGUUCGGAAAGAGUAUUCAAUUUCAAGUAAUUUAGAUAAGAUUUUAUGAGUUUUGAGUUGAAUACAUGUUUUUACCCAUCUCACCUGCAAUUCCGCCUUUGUGGUUUCAGAUGUUUUGCUGACAGUCAUAUAAUGGAUUGCCAGUAACAUUUUCCCCAAGUAUACCAUAUUUCUUCAAGACAUAUUACAAUGUACGUUUCAUGCUUGUGUAGCCAGUAUUCGAGUGGAUUUAACAUAUUAUACCUUAUCAUGAU